AUGGACACUUCGCAAGUCCCUCCGCCGAAGCCCUGGGAGCGCAGAGCGCCUCGGGCGCACGCUGCGACUCCUAAGCUCGCGCAGACCUUCGAAGUCGACCGCUUGCGCGAGACCGACCCCGCUGCCCGCCCAGCCGCCGCGUCGUCUCUAUCCCCUGUGCCUGCUCGUUCCCCUGGCACCCCAGCAGAAAUGCUACAUCUGCCGGCGGGAAACGACGACGGCCAGUCCGCUGUGGCGCCCCUCUCUUGUGCGCCUCCCGCAGCGCGAGAAUAUACAGCGACGGAUUACAACAGAAGCUACACUAGAGGAGCAAACGUCGAACCCUAUGCAAACAGCGCGUACAGCUGGAACACGGGGGGAAGCUAUCCGUAUCGCAGCGGAGACUUGUAUGGAGGAAACAGUUAUUACGCAAAUGCAAGCGGGAGCUCGUACUACGGCAGCCACGGCGGUGUGGGGUUCGGGACCUCGGCGCCCCUCUACGCGUCGUACGCGCCAUACAGAAACGGUUUGUCGCUUUCGCCGUACUCGUCUUCGCUGUAUUUCCCUGGGGGGUCCUCUUCGGGCGCUGCGGGUGGGUCGUCCGCGCCGUUCUCGUAUUCGUUCCUGCAGGACACUGCUGAGGGUUUGGGUCGCGUCUCGCUUCUCCUCGACCUGAACGGCUGUUUUUUAGACCGGCUCUGUGACCACAGCUCGAAUCUCCUCGUUCGCCUCACGUCGCUCUCCGCGUCCUUCGCACAACUGCGUGCGUACCUCGCCUCGACUAUGAAGCGCCAGUGUAUCAAGGCUUGCGAGGCUGCGAGAGCUUUCAGAGACAAGCACCCCGCGCUUGCGCUCGCGGCCUCGUGUCCCGCCGCCGCGGCGUCCUCGAGCUCCUCGGCGUCCGCUGGAUUCGCACCUGAGAAGCCGCCGGCCCUCCUCCCGAACGUCCUAGCGGGGUACAUCAUCACAGUUCUUCUGUCGGUGCGGUUCUCGGGGGAGGCUGCAGAGGCGAAGCGCCUCGCCCUUCUCAGCGCGCUGUUGCGCUACAACGUCAUCGACUCGGCCAUCCUUCGGCGAAAGAAAGUCGAGUGGAGCCGCCGGGAAGCACGUGCCUUUGAAACACGAAAACGGCUGGACGGCGACGGAGGACCCGCAGCCUCCGCGGAAGGAAGGGGACGCUUGAAACGGGUGCACCGCGCCGGGCUUCGUGGAGGCGAGGACGAACGGCCCGAAGUCGUCUGUUGCGACUCUUCAGUGAAACAGGCCAAGGAAUCGCGGGGGCGGUUGAAAACUCGCUUGCGGGUUGCGGAGAUGGAAAGAGAGCGAGGCAACGACAAAGCUGCAGACAGAUCGAGAAGGCGAAAAGCCGAAACAGCCGCGUAUGCCCUCCUCGAGCUGCCACACGGCGUGGCCUCAGACUCCGCGGACGACGCGUCCAGCACGCACGACGGUUCGGCUUCGGAGCCGCAGUGGUGGAACGAGGAGGAAGAGGAGGAGCGAAGCAGUGGCAAAGACGAAACGCCGACGCAAAACAUCCCGAAAGGGAGAGGACGAGACGAGGGCACACGCGACGAGCGGGGAGCAGAGCAAAGACGCGAGCUGCAAAGAAGCCAGAGCGAAGCACAAGAGAAGCAAAGAUCAGGCAGAGAGCUGCUAGAGAAAGAACCAAGCGAGAAAGAUGUUGGAACGAGCAAAAUUAAAGAAGGCCGGACCGAGGGAGUCGAUGGAGGAUGGCGGGGCAGUCUGCGCAUAGAAGACGUACGAGGAGAGAGUAGCUCUCACGAAGAAGAGUGCAUCGAAAUAGAGAAAGAGGAGGCUCAAACUCGGGUUUGCUGGAGCGAACUUAGGCGCGCAGCUGUGGAAUUGAGACAUGAGAAUACGCUGAGUGCGGUUAAACGUGCACUUAUCAAAUAG